AUGGCUGGCAUUUCUAAACUGCCUAUUCAUGUUGAAGAAGAAGUUCACCAAUGGUAUCCAAGUCUGUUGAAGAUGUGUAGGCCUGUUACAAGGGUUCUUGAGAGCCAUCACGGUUUUGCCGGCUUUGAAGAGAACAGUAAUUAUUUCCUUACAUUCUUCACUCCUCCAGCAGGGCCAAAUGACCCUUUAUUUCCACACCAGGAUGUUGUGCCUGUAACAGAUCCGUGCACAGGUUUUUUGUCCAGCACCAGUGCUGAACAGCAGUCCAGUGUUGGAAGGGUUAUUGAAUCCCUGGCAGACUGCAGCGAUAGGAAACCUCACCAGCAUCCCCAUCACAGCAAAGAGGUUGUUGGAGGCUUCUGGGACAGAUUUCAAACAGGAUCUUUUACCUCUCCACAGAGAUUGAUCCAUUUUGUCUUUAAAAAGAGCCAAAGCUCUCAAACCUGUCAUAUCCCUUUAUAUAUCUGCUGUGUUGGUGCAGUAAAUUUUGAAGACAGUGCUGGUGUAGACUUAGUCCCACUUAGCCAUGUGUAAACUUCAAAGCCUCACUACACAGGCACUGCACACACUCCAAAUAUUCCUGGAUACAUAGGCAAGGUUCAUUGGUCAGCAACUCACCCAGCAAAUUCUAAUCUUCCAUCAACAGCCCCAUCAAUAAUUGCAGGAAUGCAUGGAUACAUAGCAAAACAUGGAAUGACUCAGUAGAAACACCUAGGACUUUUUUCUCAGCUCCAGGAAAAUCUAUACAUGGAAGAUGGAGGACCUCUACUUAAGCGUUUGUCUUGGUACUGUUUAUUUUCUGAUGUUGGUGUAGACAACAUGAGGAAGGAGCAUGCCGGAGAAAGAGAAGAUCAAAUGCAAAUUUGUCAGGAAGUUCUGCUGUGCUCCAGGAACCAAAAUAGUGCAAAUAGUUAUUCUAAUUCAGACAAACUUGCAGAUUCCUCAGAAUUUUCUGUCCUGACGUCUGUGGCAGACCCAGAGGCCAUGUUCUUCCAACGGGUUCUUCAGGUUACCAAAGUCAUCCGAGUGAAAAUGCCAGAGAUCAAAGAGCAAAACAAGGAGAUAACAAGUUCGAUGUGA